ACGCGCCCCAGACCCUCGUGCACGCGCACGCGCCCAGAGCCCUCCGCCCGUGGAGCCGGCGCCCGGACCGCCAGACGCUGCCUGCCGCUGACCAGCCCGGGAUUUAUGGAGAGGGCCUCAGAGGGCCACUCUGAGUGCUGCUGCGGCCAGCAUCGCCGCCGCGCCUGCUGCUGAGACCCCGUGCCUCCGGCCCUCACCAUUGCCCUCGCCUGCCCAUGGCCCCCGCCGCCCGGCCCGGGGCCGGAUCUGCCGCCUGAGCCCCCUGCCCCCUUCCAGGACUCGCCGUACCCCGAUGGGGUAACGUGACGGAGCCGCCUGCACCCACCCCAAGGCCGCCCCGUUGGUUCAGUUCGAGUUCGUUCUUCCUUUGGUCCUUGGGGGUUUGGGGCCUUUGAGUGAAGGCGGCCGUCGACCUGUCCACGGAUGCAGACGGGGCGUCCCCAGCGACAGGACAGCGCUGGCCACGGCUGCAGCGGCCGGACUCACUUUGGGCUUUUUAAAGUUUUCUUCGCUGACCGUUUUUGGUUGUCGUUAUUUUUGCUUUUGCCCCCGUGUAAUUAUCCAGCUCUGAGAGGCAGGAGCUUGGACUUGUCCAUUUUACUUCUGGGGGGCUCUUUUGUUCCUUUCGCUUUUUAAAGAGUUGGGUUUUCUUUUUUAAUUAUCCACCCGUUAAUCCGGGCAGCAUCCUCCCCCCUCCCAAGUAUUUGCACAAUAUUUGUGCGCGGUGUGGGGGGCAGGUUUUUAAAGAAGCAGUUUCUCUCUUGGACAAGCACAGGGAUCUCGUUCUCUUUGGGUUCUGGGGGGCUGCUGGGGCCUUCUCCCACCCGCGUCCCGGGCGCCGCCCUGCCUUUGGGGCGCAGCCAUGGCGCGGAUGAACCGGCCGGCCCCCGUGGAGGUCAGCUACAAGAACAUGCGCUUCCUCAUCACGCACAACCCCACCAACGCCACCCUCAGCAGCUUCAUCGCGGACCUGAAGAAGUAUGGGGCCACCACCGUGGUGCGUGUGUGCGAAGUGACCUACGACAAGGCCCCGCUGGAGAAGGAUGGCAUCACCGUCGUGGACUGGCCGUUUGACGACGGGGCGCCUCCCCCCGGCAGAGUGGUGGAGGACUGGCUGAGCCUGCUGAAGACCAAGUUCUGUGACGACCCUGGCAGCUGCGUGGCUGUGCACUGUGUGGCCGGCCUGGGACGGGCUCCAGUCCUCGUGGCUCUGGCCCUCAUCGAGAGCGGGAUGAAGUACGAGGACGCCAUCCAGUUCAUCCGACAGAAGCGGCGUGGAGCCAUCAACAGCAAACAGCUUACCUACCUGGAAAAAUACCGGCCUAAGCAGAGACUGCGGUUCAAGGACCCACACGCGCACAAGACCAAGUGCUGUGUAAUGUAGCUCAGGACCUUGGCGCCCUGGCCUUGGGCUCCGCGGGGCUCCAUCUCCCUUCUCUCCAGACGCCUUGGCACACCCGCCACCAGCGGUCCGGCCCGCCCCACGCGCCCUUUGCUGUCUCCUGUCACCGCCCCCCUGCGUCUCUGUCCACACGCGCGUGCAAGUGUGUCUGUGUGUGUGUGCUCGCACCACUGUCUGGUCCGUCCUUCCUUUUGUCCACGUGCCUCGCGUCUCUGUCUCUUCCUCUGUGCCCUGUGUGUCUCUGUCUGUGCCCUCGGCUCCUUGUGUCCCUCUGAGGCUUAAUUUCCCCUAAUCUCCCCCUCACCCCGCGUCCCUGGCUCUCCUGCCAGUGCCCUGCCGCUGGGCAGCUCUCAUCUUUGGCCCGUUUGUUUGGGGGCUGGUGUAUUUUUUAACCACUGGGCCCAGCCCCUCCUCUGCAGCCCCUCACCCUGACCUGUCCUUGGCACCUUAAAUUAUUUGGUCUGGGGCGGUCAGAUGUUCUGGACACUCAAAGGCAAUAAACCCGGACUCUGUG